AGGGAAUGAAAGAAGCAACAGUGUGAAAGGUGAGUGAGUGAGAGUGAAAUUCUUGUCCGUUUCCCCAAACUUUGCCCAACAUUCACUACCCUUUAUUUAUAUUCCGCAACUAUGCCCAUAGCUCCCUUGUCCUUUCCUUAACACUGUUGAUUCCUGGGACUUUGAUAGCGGGCAUCACAAAUACCCAUCUCCCUUUCCCAUCAAGCCAAGCCCUUACUUGAGUCCACCACCAGAUUCUUUCCGGGCCAUCUGGAACACGGCAUGGGGUUCUUCACUUCUCUUUUGAUUUCCGUUCGGAGCAUUGAUGCUGCAGCAGCAGAAGAGGGGGCCAAAUUGUGAUUCAGUGUGCUGAGAAACAGGGAGAUCUUGGGUUUUUCCUCGUGUCAGUAUGAGAGACUUCCCAUCUUGUUUUGGUGAAAAUGGGGUUCAAGUAGCUGAUUCUACUUCUUCAGGUGUCUCUAGGAGUACUGCUCAAAAUUUGGUUACAUGCGUCUAUUCAUGUAAAUUAGGAGGCAAAUCUUGCUUGAUCAUAAUUACAUGGAGCAAAAAUCUGGUGGGUCAGUGCCUUAGUGUUGAAAUCGAUGAUUGGAUGAAUCAGUGUCUCUGUAAAUUUGACAUAAAGCCAUGGUUGUUCGCCAAAAGAAAAGGGUCUAAGAGUUUUGAGAUUAAUUCUAUUCAAGUCGACACAUAUUGGGAUCUCUCUUUGGCAAAAUUCGGAUCUGGGCCUGAGCCAUUGGAGGGCUUCUAUUUGGCAGUGGUGUUUAAUGGAGAGAUGGUUCUACUUCUCGGGGAUAUGAGGAAAGAAGCAUUCAAAAAGACUAAUGCCACACCUGGUUUUUACAAUGCCAUCUUCGUUAGCAAGAAGGAACACAUUUUUGGAAAGAAGUUGUAUGGCACUAAGGCUCAAUUUUGGGACAAUGGCCAGAAUCAUAAUCUAUCAAUUGAGUGUGACACAGUUGGUACAGACGACCCCUUCCUCGCCAUCCGCAUAGAUAGUAAGAUGGUUAUGCAGGUGAAGCACCUCCGAUGGAAGUUUCGGGGAAAUCAGACCAUCUUAAUCGAUGGGCUCCCGGUAGAAGUUUUCUGGGAUGUCCAUAAUUGGCUGUUUGGUCCAAGUGUCGGAAAUGCAGUUUUCAUGUUCCAAACUUGCUCCUCAGCUGAGAAGUUGUGGUCAAGCCAACCAUUCUUUGAUUCCUCUGCCUUGCUUUCGCCUUGCUCACAGAAUUUCAGGGAGUUUAAAUUACAAGGUCUUGGUUUUUCACUGAUUUUGUAUGCUUGGAAGAAUGAGUAGAUGUAUGUUGUUUCUCAGUUGAGUGCAAAACUAAUAUUUCUGAGUGAAGAUUUUAUAAAUGACAUGCUUGAAUUACAUGGACUCUUGUAUAUAAGCAGGUAUGGUAGAGCAACUCCUCUUUUGCCCA